AUGGCUUGGGCCAGGACCAUGCACCUACUGCGGGACUACCUUGUAAGACGUCGUGGAACUGCCACCGAAGAGUCACCGACUCAGCUCCCGGCUACUGGCUCUUCACAAUUCACUUUGUACAUUCGUGAGGACCUUCUUCAACUUGAUACCCAUGUUCCCCAGCUCUUGAUCUCCUACGACCCCCUGUCGCUCGUCCCGAAACUUCGCCGAUGCAGCCGCCUGCAUGCUUCCUCGCAUCCUGAAGGGUCCCGAGGGGGGACAGAUGGGUCACCGUCUACCACCCCGCCCCCGACGUCUUUUGUCUUCACCUUCUUGAAACAAUCACUGACCGAUUUGCUGAUUUCUGUGCAGAGGCCGUCCGCAGUCCUUUCCGCCUAUUGUCAUUUUAGGAGUUCAGGCUAUCCAUGGACUGUUGGCUACUUGAACUUCAACUCGGCUCGGCUGGUCGUAUGUCUGGGAGUUCGUUGGCUGGAACUGUCAUCUACCAGCAAGGCGCCCCCCUCCUUUACGGCGACUACCCUCGAAGAUUCAAGCAUAGACCCAGUUACAGAUGCCUCCCCCUCCACUUAUCUCCCUGACACCGCAGGCGCCUUCUGGGCUGACUCUUCCACCUCUUCCUCACCAAGACGUUGGCCUCUGACCUAUGUGGAUCCCUACUGUCAGUGGCGAGUGCUAGCACUUAGUGCGCCAUCGCAGGAGCUUCAGGAUAUCGAAAGCGUGUUUGCAGCUGUCGGUUUCAGUAACGGCACUAUCGAGGUUCUCAGUCUUGGCGUGGAUCCAGAAAAAGAGGAGAUGAGUUUUGCCCACCCUCGAAUAAUUAUCCCACCGCCAUUUGACAACAGCAAGGUUCAGUUUUCACCGCUAGUGCUGCUGCACUUUGCUGGUGAUUCCUCGCACCUUCUCGUCUGCCGGUACACGGGCCAUCUGGAGAUGUGGAAACUGAAACCUACAAGGGGCCAGUUUCCUGCUCAACUGCUCUGUCGAAUGCACUUUAAGGAACUCUUUUCUGGUGGUCUCGGUGCCUGGUCCGGUGCCAUUAGAUUUACGCCAGAGGCAGCCAUCCUCGCAGCUGUAUACGACCCCGAAAGGAGGCUGCUCUUACUUGGAAGUGAGUAUCGUGGUCUCGCUUCCUCGGCGCCCGAUGGGCUUACUGCCAUUUCCGUUUCUACGAAAGCACCUUUCUUUUCGCUGGCUCGCCACCUGCUCUCCUCCUCUUCCACCAUGAGGCGCCGCCCACUGCUUUCCAAGAACUUAUACUGGCGAGGUGACUCCGAGGAUGGUUUUCUCAUGUUCAAUCUCUCCAGCAGCACUGAUUUGGGUGAAAGUCUGUUAGCAGCCAUACACUGUUCGCAUUCAGUUUCCGUUUGGUCCUUCCCUGCCUGCAAUCUGUUAGCAAGCAUCCUACCGGACUCUGCACCCCCUCUGGCCGAUUUGUCACAUGGCACCCUGCUGUCCCCCUGCAGCAGCGAUCUCCCCUUUCGUGUUACUUGGUGGCGACGUGUAGCAACAGAAGACGAGGUUGCUGCGGCGGAUACAGGUCUUCUCUCCGCGCAUCUUCUCGCGACUCUCAGGACUAACGGCACGCUAACAAUCACGGAUAUAACGACGAUGCAGGCGCACUCCCUGGGUAAUUCCUUCGACAGCAACUAUGAGCAUGUGGCUUUUGACGCCUUCUCCGUCUUCGCCGUCCAACCAUCUGCUUCU